GAGUAACCUGGAGGGUUUGACGUUGAUUUACUGUUGAAGUUUCCACGUCAACAGAAGAAGAAAAAAUAGGCGUAAAAAUCGUACAUCAAUGAGUUAAUAUUUUUUAACAAUAAGUCUCUAGUCCUCUGAUUAUGAACAUAUAAUAUUGAUAGUAACUUUCUGAAUCUUGUGACGUGUUUAUUAUUUCUUAAAACAGCUGUUUUACAUGAGGAUGACUUCACGUAGUUCUCUGAUGGAAGCUGCAGAUGAUUUUUCUAUAGAAUUUGACAGGGGAGAACUUGAAACCCAAAAGAAAAUUUUCAAGCACCCUGCAGCAGUUUUCUUCCAUCUGGUUUUUCGUAUUUUAGCUGUCCUUGUAUACGUACUAUGUGAAUGGUUCAGUAAUAGCUUCAUUGCAAGUUUUGUCUUUAUUGUUCUACUUCUGUCCAUGGACUUCUGGACUGUAAAGAACAUCUCAGGAAGGCUACUUGUUGGACUAAGAUGGUGGAACUAUAUUGAUGAUGUUGGCCAAAGUCAUUGGGUUUUUGAAUGUCGUAAGGGUGAAGAGACCUUAUCAGUGAAUUCAGCAGAAACCAGAGUAUUUUGGGUUGCACUGGUACUUGGUCCUAUGUUGUGGACAUUUUUCUUCUUUGUUGCCAUCUUUAGAUUAAACUUUAAGUGGUUUAUGGUAGUGUGUAUUGGUAUCAUCUUGAAUGGAGCCAAUCUGUGGGGGUACCUCAGGUGUAAAAUAAAAAACAGACAGAAACUGAGUGAUUUAGCAUCAAAUUUCCUUGGUCAACAGGUCCUCCGAAAUAUGAUGUCAUCUGCAAGUAAAAAUAAACAAGAAGAAUCUACUCAGACAAAGUCAACUCUUGAAGGAAGUUUGUGAACAGACUGAAGAAAAUAAAGCUAGAUUUUUGGAUACUACAAUAUCUGUAGAUUCAGCAGUUUGGUAGCCAGCAGGCUGGUAUAACCAAAUCAGUCAACUUUUGCUUUAAUGUGUGUUUUUUUUCAUAAUUAUGUGCAUAAUGUAUGUCAGUUUUUUUCUCUCACUUAUUGUUUGACACACACUUAAAGGUUUUGUUAAAGAAUCGAAAAAAGAACACCAAUACGGAAAACUUGUGUUUAGAACAAUAACUGUGUUUUUAUUAUUACUGAGGAGCUGAAAUAAGUAAAUAUAGCAGUAUAAUUUGCAUAAUGUAAAAGUAAAAUUGUUUGAUAGGCUGUGAAAGCUACUUUAUUGGUGCCAUUGAGGUGAAGGAAAAGUCAUACAGAUUUAUUGACUUCAUUUUUUAUUAGUAUGUACACUACGUGUAUGUAAAAUUUGUUAAAAAGAAUAACAAUUAAAAAAAAUGUAUUUCUUCUCUAACUGGUUCUUGGCUCUAGGUAUUUGGUGUACAAGUAGAUGUGUUUUUUUACUGGUUUUAUGCAGUAAGAAAGUUGUCAAACUAGUUUUACUUACGACGUUAAUGUGAAAACCUAUUUCAUUCCAUAUCUUAUGUUCAAUUUAUUUUAUAGAUAAGGCUUAACCUUCUAGAAACAAAUAAAGACCUGUAUGUGAUAAACAAAA